GCAGGCAGUGGUGCCCUAGGCGCUGGACAAAUACAGAGCGUUGGCCGAAGGGGAUGGUAUUUGGCCAAAGGGCUUUGCAGCUGCUGCCCCGGGAGCGGAAAGGGGGGGUAAGAAUGCGCCUGGGAGUAAAAAACAGGACUAUGUAGCACUUCACAGACUAACAAGAUGGUGCUACAUAGUCCUGGUUUUUGCUUCAGCGACACCACGCGGCUACAUUUCUAUCAUUGUCUCUCUAGUUUGCAGUACCAAGGCUGUGCAACUUGCAGAGUUUUACAUUGCCACCCCUCAUCAUGGUAUCUGAACACCUAUGAAAAUUUCAUAGACAUAAUUAAGUCCUUAGUGGACUUCAUGAAGUCUCACUGGAUUAAAACUCUGCUUGGGGAAAGAUGGGAUUCAGCCAAGAUUCCUGAGUAAUAAGAAUGGGUCCAGAUGUUCCUCUUCUGAAUUAUUACAAACAGGAGUUCUUCUUGAAGCGCUUUCCACAGACUGUUUUGGGAGGUCCUCGAUUUAAAUUAGGCUAUUGUGCACCUCCUUACGUAUAUGUGAAUCAGAUCAUUCUUUUCCUGACACCAUGGGUUUUGGGAGGAGUAGGAACUCUUUUGUAUCAGUUAGACAUUAUGAAAGACUAUUACACCGCUACACUUUCAGGAGGACUAAUGCUUGUUACAGCACUUAUUCUCCAGAUGACAAAUCUGUAUGCAAGACAGAAAACAGUGACAGUAGAAAGAAUGCAAAUUCAGAAUACCCUAACGGAUGAAGAUGAGUAUGAAUUUUCCAGCUGUGUGGGUUCAGAGACAGUUAAAUUUAUUAUUCCAGGCAAGAAAUUUAUAAUCAAUACUGUAUUUCAUUCUUUUCUUGCUGGGAUAAUGUGUGGUUUAGGAACUUGGUAUUUGCUGCCAAACAGAAUAACCUUGCUGUAUAAUAGCAUUGGAGGAACUGUUGUGAUCUUUGUGUUUGGAUGGGUGACUAUAUGUAUAGGAGAAUAUUCUUUAAUCAUAAACACAGCUACAGAGACAGCUACUUUUCAAGCACUGGAUACUUAUGAAAUUACUGCUCUGAUCAGACCUUUCUAUAUUUUUGUCUUUAUUGCAGUGGAUCUUGUACACAGGUUUACAGUUAACAUACCAGUUUUAGAACAGACAAACCAGAUUUUGCACAUCUUAUUUCUGUUUUUGCCACUUUUGUGGGCAUUGGGGAUUCUGCCCCCACUUGAUGCACUUUUUCUAUGGGGAAUGGAACAAGUGUUGGAGUUUGGCCUAGGAGGUUCACCCAUGUCAAGUAAUAUAAGGUUGUUAGUAAUGUUUCUCAUUUCUGCUGGAACAGCUAUAGCGACGUAUUUCAUUCCCAGCACUGUUGGUGUGGUCCUCUUCAUGACUGGAUUUGGGUUCAUACUCAGUCUUAACCUAAGUGAGAUUGGGUUAGCCUAUAAGCACACUACAAUCAGCCAUUUAACUUCCAACAAGUCUAAGACAAUAUCCUGUGGUCCGAGGAUAUACUUGGGUUGGAGGGAAUUCUUUUUCUAUUUGACUGUCUUGACGUUGGCUCUCAUAGAAGCCAGCUUGCUGCAUCACUUUGCUGGUUUUUCAUUAUUUUCCAGAGCCAGUCCCCAGGCUAUAGUGAGUUACAUUCUGAUCAUAUUACUUAUAAUUAUGUGGCUUCUUAGAGAGAUUCAGGGAGUGUACUUGUUUGGAAUCUUCCGAAAUCCUUUUUAUCCAAAGGAUGUCAGGACUGUGACGGUGUUCAUGGAGACACAAAGAAGGCUUAUGGAAGUUGGUGUUGUCAGAAGGAUUUUACUAACACUAGUUUCUCCAUUUGCUAUGAUAGCAUUUCUUUCAUUAGACAGUUCCCUACAUAGUCUUCAUUCUGUUUCCAUUUGCAUUGGAUUCACAAGAAGCUUUAGAAUGGUUUGGCAAAAUACAGAGUGCGCCCUGUUGGAGAUGGUGGUUGUAGCAAUAGUGCAGAUGUUACUAUUUAAUACAGAUGUGUGGUGGAACAGAAGCAUUGAUACAGGAAUCAGACUCUUACUGGUUGGUGUAAUUCGGGAUCGAUUACUUCAGCUGAUCUCAAAACUACAGUUUGCAGUAGUUGUUCUCUUGACAUCAUGGACAGAGAAAAAGCAACGUCGGAAAUCUACUGCCACCUUAAUUACACUCAACAUUGUUUUCUUCCCAAUUGUACUGGCCUUCAUAGCUAUCUCUACACUGCUUUCUUCUCCCUUGGUGCCACUUUUCACUCUACCAAUAUUUUUGAUUGGAUUUCCUAGACCUAUCCGAAGCUGGCCUGGACCUGUGGGUGCAACUGCAUGUGUUUGUUCAGAUACCAUAUACUACCAGCAGGUGGUUCCAAGUUUGGCCACUGCGCUGCAGUCUGCACUAGCAGCUGGUAGUUUAGGUCUCGUCUUACCUGGCUCACACUACUUGUGCCGUUUUCAGGACAGACUGAUAUGGAUAUUGGUGCUAGAAAGAGGCUUCACAUACUGCUGUGUGACUAUUAAGGGGCUAGAAUUGCAGGAAACUUCCUGCCACACUGCAGAAGCUCACAGAGUGGAUGAAGUUUUUGAAAUGGCCUUUGAACGCCAGGAUCAUGCAGAGACUUUCACACUCAAUCUUCAUUUUGGAAACAUUUUAACCCCUUGUACAGCUCUACCUGUGAGAUUAUAUUCUGAUGCCAGGAGCGUCUUGUCUGGAAUCAUUGAUUCACAUGAGAACUUAAAGCAACUGAAAGAUGAUUUGAUUAAAGUGCUUAUAUGGAUGCUUGUCCAGUAUUGCUAUAAACAAUCAAAAAUGUGUGAGAAGCUGGACAAAACAACAAAGAACAAAGAAGGGUCAUUUCCAUUAGCCCAGACCAAAACAUUUAACAGUACAGUAGAAAAACCUAGGCCCAUAAAGGAUGAAGAUACCUUAAGUGUAGGUACAGUUGUGGAUUGGACAGAUGAUAGUGAUCUUUUUGAUCUUGAGCCCAGCAGAACAAGAGAAAGAAAAGAAACCGAGCUGUUAGAAACUGCACCAGGAACACUUCCAUCUAUUCCAGGAUCGGUAGAACUGCAGAGUGCAGUUGGUGCUCUGCAAGAGACAGCACCUGCAGAAAAACUCUACAAAGCUGUUGUGCUGGGACUCCCUGCAGUAGACAAAGGGAAGAGGCAAGAAGUUGAAAGCUUACCUCUAGUUGAAUUUAGCUGCUCUUACUCUGAGUUACUAAGUAUACCGGAGGAGUGGAGAACUGCACCCAUACCUACUUCCAAACUCAGAGAGAUGAGGCAGAGGUUUCCAGAAGACUGGUACCAUUUUGUUUUGAGUCAACUGGAUUUUUUUCAUUUGAAAGACAAGCCUUCCACUUUACUUGAAGACAUUACUAAAGACAAAGCAUUGAAAGAGUUGUACAUCCAUGGUGUAUUGUCUUGUUGUUUUGGUUUGUUUGGAUUAGACAAUACUGUUCCCACUCCUACUCAUGUAUUCAGAGCAUACACUGGUGGCAUUCCAUGGUGUGUUGGUUUGGAUUGGCUAACUGGAAAACCAGAGCUGUUCCAACUAGCACUGAAAGCAUUCAGAUAUACAUUUAAGCUCAUGGUUGAUAAAGCAAGUCUGGGUCCAGUAGAGAACUUCAAAGAGCUGAUUAACUAUCUGGAAGAAUAUGAAAGUGACUGGUACAUUGGCUUAGUAUCAGAUCUUGAGUGGCAACAAGCAGUUUUACAAGAAAAGCCGUACCUUUUCUCUUUGGGACAUGAUCUUAACAUGGGAGUUUACACUGGGAGAGUGCUUACUCUUCAGGAAUUGUUAGUGCAGGUUGGCAAGCUCAACGACGAAGCAGUCAGAGGUCAAUGGGCAAAUCUUUCGUGGGAGCUGCUGUAUGCUACCAAUGAUGAUGAAGAACGCUACAGUAUACAAGCUCACCCCGUUCUUCUGAGAAACCUAACAGUGCAAGCAGCAGACCCACCUCUUGGCUACCCUGUUUAUUCGUCUGCUCCUCUCCAUGUGCCUUUGUUGUAGGCUGUGUAUAAUGUAGGGUUUAGUUUUGCUUUAUUUCCUAUCUUUAAGUGGGAAACCAAAUACUAACGCUGCAUUUGUACAACUAGAAACAUGAAGAUCUCACUGCAUUUGAUGGCAGAUCCCAAAUCCAGGGGACCUAAUUUGCACAAAAGAGGUGCUAGCUGGAGGCAAGAACUUUAGAAACUCUUUUUCACUGCUGGAACUACUUAACCCUAUUCCUUAUGUGGCUGACAGGACAAGAGACACGUAUGUCUUGAUCUCCACUUUAAAGAAGAGCAACAUAGCUCUGGUCACUAAGUAUUGGUGCAUUUUUUUUUAAAUAGCUUGCAUUCAUAGGCAGGUACAGCUCAUUGUAAUAUCGUAAACCAUAGAGUUGGUAACCAAAGUGUACAUAUGAGUGUUUAUAUGAAAUUUGUAUCAUUUUAUAUUUGUUUAUAGAACAUGUUAUGGUAACUUUAAAUGAUUUUAUUUAAAUGUAUACUAUUAGCUGGCCUUUCACACAGGAAGCCUUGAGUGUUUCUAUAGAAGUAUGUACUAGCUACUCUAAACUUUUCCUCUCCCAGUGUAAACAAACCCUUUGUGGGGGGGAGGCCUUGUGCAGGGGGGAUUGUGUGCCAACAGAGGUCUCCCCUGUGGUUCUCUCCUUACCCCUCCCUGCCUGUGGACACUGCUUCCUAAGUCCACCUGCCCCCUCCCUAGCUUUGCUCUCAGAUUUAGUUUCAGGACACUGGGAUUCUGCCACAGGGUCCUGGAGACUCCUGGAUUCCUGGUUGAAAACUGCUAUUCUACUGAACAAUCUAAGUGUGUAAAACUACUAUAUUUAGAAUGCCCUGCUGAAGGCUCCUCCAUUUUGAGAGAACACUUCUUCCAAUUAGUAAAUAACAGAAGGUAAAGUCCUUUCUGACUUGAUGGCAGAGACAUUUACAAUUAUUGACCAUGACCUGAGCCAAACUCUUAAGGCUGUGUCUAGACUGGCAAGUUUUUCCGCAAAAGCAGCUACUUGCCAGCUGUCUACACUGGCUGCUUGAAUUUCCGCAAGAA